UUUUUCCUACUUACUGGGCAAACUCGGUGCAGUCAGUGCUUUCCAACAUAUGCUCUGUCUCCAUCUGCUGGAAAGAAAUGGAGAAGUGAGCAGGAUUUGGGCUGCAGGCUCACAGAUGCAUAAAGGAGACAACCAAAAUAGCUCAGUGAAGCCACAACUGAUCAUUGUUCCAAAAUGUAUUUUUUCUUUAGAGAUGGCAGACAUAUGAGAAAAAAUGAAGGCUUUGCGGAUGCGCUCGCUUGUCAGAUUUCCACGUAUUGUUGAAUUUCUUCCCCACCGACACUGACAGCAACAACCAGGAGUGGAGUCCCGCUGUCCUGUGGAUUUAUUUAUCCGGGCGCCGAGGCGAGAAAUACGCAUGGAACAUGGCCGCUAUGAGGACUUUAACCGUGGCAGGUCUGUUUUUGGCUUUUUUCGCGUUGGGCUUGAUCGCCGUGGCGAUCAGCACCGACAACUGGUACGAGACGGACGCCAGGCGGCACCGGGAGCGUUGCAAGAAUUAUUCCAACAAAAGGAACGACCCGGGCUACAUUUACAUCUCUAACCUGCCCCUUCGCAUGCUGCCGAAGGAGGAGCACGUCGACAGGAAGGGCUCCGGGGUCCGAGGGGAGAUGCUGCUGCGGGCAAAGAGGCACUUCUUGCCUCCUGCCCCGGCCAUGGAGUCGCUCUGCAGUCGGCAUUUCAACUCCACCAUCACGGGACUGUGGAGAAAGUGCCACCGAGAGGGCUUCGACCUGGAGACGGAGGACUUGAUUUUCAAAGGAUUGGUUCCGCGCUGCACACCAAUAAAAUACUACUACUCAUCAUCAGCGCUCCCCAGACAUCUGCCAAUCAAUCUGAUCAACACCAUCAGGCAGGAUGAGUGGCACGCGCUCCACCUCCAGCGGAUGACUGCCAGCUUCAUUGGCAUGGCGGUAUCCAUCAUCCUGUUUGGGUGGAUUAUAGGCGUGUUGGGCUGCUGUCAAGAGCAUGAUCUGAUGCAGUAUGUGGCUGGACUCCUCUUCCUCAUGGGAGGGACCUGCUGCAUCAUCUCCCUCUGCACAUGUGUGGCCAGGAUCAACUUUGAAUUGUCCCGCAAUCCUCGCUACAUGUUUGGAAUACCAGAGGACAUCAGUCAUGGGUAUGGCUGGUCCAUGUUUUGUGCGUGGGGCGGACUGGGCCUGACAUUGCUGGCCGGCUUCCUGUGCACAUUGGCUCCUUCCCUAUACCCUCCCCAGACACCCAUAGUGCACAAACCAAGGCAGGAGAACGGCUGUGUGUGAUAGGACACAUUAACCAGACGCCUUGCCUCAUCCUGAAACAGUGAUGGGCCCUGUUCUGGAGACAUUUUAUUCCAGGGUCUUGGACGUGAAAACGCCUACUUUCACACGCGGAGAAAGCACAGGACAGCUCCCACUCACAUGAACAUGGGGGAUUAUUUGACUUAAUUUUGGUCCCUUUGGUGCUUUGUGCAUCUUUAAGAAUGAACAGAGUGUCAUUGCUUGAGAUCCAGAAGGAGGACACAACAAUUUCUUCCUGUAGAAUUGGCUGGUUCAGGAAGAAAAAAAACACAAACAGCGGAUAAAUAGCACAACUUUGAAAUAAACUUUACUGAAGAUAGAAAAUAUGGAUGUGUAUCAUCACCUUUCAAAGGGCAACUGUGUAUCAUUAUUUAAAGCAAAGUAUGUAAAUGUAAUUUUUGAGUUCUAUGUAUGCACAUGCAUUGUGUCUAAAUAUGAGCAUUGAGAACCAAAAUGUACUUGAAAAAAUGUUUUCUUGUUCUUGAGAAUCCCAUCAACAUGUGUAUGAAGAAUAAAACAGCCAUGCAACUGAAGUUUUUACAAGUGAGACGCUCACAGACAUUCAACGUUUUGUGGAGUCCGGAUUUUUACAGCCAUCUAAAACGGGCUGAAGACGUGCUACUUCAAAGAGAGCGGUCUGCAGGCAUGUUUUAUGCAACCAUGUCUAAGCUCUUAAGAGGGCAAACAUCAGUGGCCAGAAACAAACAGAAAUGUAUCAAAUUUAAAUACUUAAAAAAAUAAAUAACUGAUGUACUUCUGCAGUCAA